AUGAACCAGGGGAUUCUUGCUCUGGUUACAUCCACGGGCUGUGCAGCAGCAAGUGCCCUGCAGUCCCUAACAGAUGCGAUGCACAUCCCCCACCUCUUCAUCCAAAGAAAUGGAGAUGGUGCACCUCGUACUGCCUGCCAGCUCAACCCCAGCCAGGACGGAGAGAGCUACACAUUGGCCGCUCGUCCACCCGUACGCAUUAAUGACGUGCUUCUUACCCUCGUCUCAGAGCUGCACUGGCAGAAGUUCAUCAUCUUUUAUGAGAGCGACUAUGACAUCCGAGGUUUGCAAUCCUUCAUGGACCAGGCCUCUCGGCUUGGUCUCGACGUUUCCUUGCAGAGGGUGGACCGCAAUAUCAGUCGAGUAUUUACUGACCUCUUCAACACUAUGCGCACAGAGGAGCUGAACCGGUACCGGGACACUUUACGGCGGGCUGUGUUACUAAUGAGCCCUCGAGGUGCACAAGUUUUCAUCCACCAGGAGGUGAGUGAUGCAGACAUCAUGGAGCUGGUUCACAGCUCUCUGGGUCGGAUGACUAUCAUUCGUCAGAUUUUCCCAUUGUGGAGGGACACAAACGUUCGCUGCAUGAGGAACAACCAUCGGAUUUCUUCCUUGCUGUGUGACCCACAGGAAGGCUACCUGCAGUCUUUGGAGGUAUCCAACCUCUACCUGUAUGACAGUGUUCUGAUGCUGGCAAACGCCUUCUAUAGGAAACUGGAGGACAGGAAAUGGCACAGUAUGGCCAGCCUCAACUGCAUGAGGAAGUCCACAAAGCCAUGGAAUGGAGGAUGGUCUAUGCUGGACACCAUUCAAAAGGGGCGGAUUAGUGGUUUGACAGGAUUGAUGGACUUCCGUGCUGAAGGCUCCAAUUCUCAUGUACAAUUUGAAAUUCUCGGAACCAGCUACAGUGAAACAUUUGGUAAAGAAGUAAAACGGCUGGCGUCUUGGGACUCCACUCGUGGCUUAAAUGGUAGCCUGAAGGAGAAUCGAAUAGAGAGCAGCAUGCAGGGAGUCACACUCAAGAUUGUAACGUUACUGGAGGAACCUUUUGUGAUGGUAGCUGAAAACAUCCUGGGUCAACCCAAACGAUAUAAGGGUUUCUCGAUUGAUGUUCUGGAUGCCCUGGCCAAGAUUCUGGGAUUCAAGUAUGACAUCUACCAAGUCAGCGAUGGGAAGUAUGGCUCAACACUCCCUAAUGGAUCCUGGAAUGGUAUGAUUGGAGAACUCAUUAGCAAGCGAGCUGACUUAGCAAUAUCAGCCAUCACCAUCACACCAGAGCGUGAAAGUGUGGUCGACUUCAGCAAGCGCUACCUGGACUACUCUGUGGGAAUCCUCAUGCGCAAGUCAGAAGAAAAGAUCAACAUUUUUUCUUUGCUCGCACCAUUUGAUCUGGCAGUGUGGGCAUGCAUUGCUGCUGCCAUCCCUGUCGUGGGCAUCAUGAUCUUCCUGCUAAGACGGAUUCAGGCUGUGCGCUGCCACAAUAAUACAGGGGGUCCACCACCAACAGCCUCAACUUCACUGCAGAGUGCUAUCUGGAUUGUUUAUGGAGCAUUUGUGCAACAAGGCAGCGACUCCAUCCUGGGCUCAGUGGCUCUACGUAUUGUCAUGGGCAGCUGGUGGCUUUUCACCCUCAUUGUGUGUUCAUCAUACACAGCAAACCUAGCUGCCUACCUCACUGUGUCACGCAUGGACAAUGCAGUUCGGUCAUUACAGGACCUGUCCAAGCAGAUGGACGUGGUUUAUGGGACCGUGAGGGACUCUGCUGUGUACGAGUAUUUCCGAGUCAAAGGUACCAACCCGUUGGAACAGGAUAGCAUGUUUGCUGAGCUCUGGAAGGUCAUUAACAACAACAAUGGUUUGGAGAACUCGGUUUCUACCCCAUCAGAGGGCAUAAAGAAGGCAAAACGAGAGUCGUAUGCCUUUCUGUGGGAUAUGGCAGUGGUAGAGUAUGCUGCUCUGACAGAUGAUGACUGCACUCUGACGAUAGCAGGAAACAGCAUGAGCACCAGAGGCUAUGGCAUGGCCCUACAACAUGGAAGUCCAUACAGAGACCUCUUUUCCCAGAAGAUUUUGGAGCUUCAGGAAAAGGGGGAUCUUGACACCCUGAAGCAGAAAUGGUGGCCAAAAAAAGGCCGCUGUGACCUGCAGAGCCACACUGAUGCUCAGCCAGAGGGCCGGGCUUUGCAUCUCCACAGCUUUGCUGGGGUGUUCUGCAUCCUUGCUGCUGGGCUGCUGCUGGCUCUCCUGGUGGCUGCGCUGGAAACGUGGUGGAACAGCAACCACUGCAGGAGAGAGCAGUCCAAAGAGGUGACCACUGACAACUCGUCAGGCCAGGGCCCAAGCCUGAUAACCCAGAACCGGGCCAUGGUGACCACCACGGGUCCCUCUGCCCCACCAAGGCCCCGGUCAAGACCCAGACCCCCGGGGCCCCCCGUCCUGCCCAGAGAUGCCACUGCCACACUCUACUUUAUGGAUCCAGCAGGCGCUGACACCAGCCCCGAUUUAGACAAAGAGGUGAACCUGGAACAGGUCCACCAGCGUCUAAACAGCCUCCUGGACGAAGACUUAGCCCACAAGCAGCUGCCUGGCCAGUCUAUCGAGAUCUCUGCCCUGGACAUUGGCAGGAUGCAACCCAGCCAGUCCCUGGAGGCUUUGUCUGUCCGGGACUAUCCAGCACACCGGGGGCCACCACCACUCUCUGUGACCACUUUCCUCCGGGAAGGCCACGGGGCAGGAAGGACACUGGGAGCGGCCGUUGGAAGGACCUUGCCUCUGCCCCUCAGCAGCGCCACCAUGCCCUCUAUCCGGUGCAAACACAGGGCACCCAAUGGGGGGCUCUUCCGACAGAGCCCAGUCAAAACACCAAUGCCAAUGUCCUACCAACCAGUGCCAGGAGGACCCAUCCCAGAGGCCAGUGACCCGAGCCAUGGGACAUCCAUCUGA